CUUAUUUUUAAAAUAAAUUUUUGUAAAAGCAGUACGAAGCGCGAAUCAAAACUCGCCACUGGGACAGCCCAAUCUCAUAGCUCCUGCCGUGCAAUCCUCUCGCCAUUUGUAGUUUCCUUCUUGGUCACAGUUAAUCCAACAACCUCUCUUCCCGAAGCACUCGACAGGUAUUGCGUUCCUCACUGUGAGUUCACCGGCGGCAUGGCAUUCUUCCCUUACCGGCUAGCCCGGCGGGUGUGUUGGCCGGCGGCGACGAGGGGAUGGAGAAUGUUCGCGACUACAGUGGCAUCAAGGCCUAUUAUCGUCCAUAAGCUGGGCCUUGACAUCCUCAAAGACCCCUGGUUCAAUAAGGGCACCGCGUUCCCCAUUACGGAGCGGGACAGGCUGGAUCUCCGGGGGCUUCUUCCUCCUAUCGUCUUGACUGCUCAGCAGCAAAUCGACAGAUUCAUGGUUGACUUGAACAGAUCUCAAGUGAAUGCAAGAGAUGGACCAUCAGAUAACAUUUCUUUAGCAAAAUGGCGCGUUUUGAACAGGUUGCAUGACAGAAAUGGAACCAUGUAUUAUAAGGUUUUAAUUGAUUAUAUUGAAGAAUUAGCACCGAUAGUGUACACACCAACAGUUGGUCUUGUUUGCCAAAAUUAUAGUGGACUAUUUAGACGACCAAGGGGAAUGUACUUUAGUGCAGCAGAUCGUGGGGAGAUGAUGUCAAUGGUUUAUAACUGGCCAGCUGAGCAGGUUGAUAUGAUUGUGAUAACUGAUGGCAGUAGGAUACUGGGCCUUGGUGACCUUGGGGUUCAGGGUAUUGGUAUUCCCAUUGGGAAAGUGGAUUUAUAUGUUGCUGCUGCUGGAAUUCAUCCACAAAGAGUACUUCCUAUAAUGAUUGAUGUUGGAACAAACAAUGAGAGGCUUCUCAAAGACCCACUUUAUUUGGGACUCCAACAACGUCGUCUUGAUGGUGAAGAGUACCUAGCUGUUCUUGAUGAAUUUAUGGAGGCUGUUUUUACUCGUUGGCCCACUGUCAUAGUACAGUUUGAAGAUUUCCAGAGUAAGUGGGCAUUGAAAUUAUUGCAGCGCUACCGAAACACAUAUAGAAUGUUCAAUGAUGAUGUCCAGGGAACUGUUGCAAUUGCUGGUCUUUUAGGAGCUGUUAGAGCACAAGGAAGAACGAUGAUAGACUUUCCAAGACAAAAGAUAGUUGUUGCUGGAGCUGGAAGCGCUGGCUUAGGCGUUGUUAAUGCUGCAAGAAAAACAAUGGCAAAAAUGUUGGGCGACAACGAAUCUGCCUUUGAAAGUGCUGGUAGACAGUUUUGGGUUGUUGAUGCUGAGGGGCUUAUUACAGAUGAAAGGCCUGGUAUUGAUACCGAGACACUGCCAUUUGCCAGAAAGGCAAAAGAAGUGGGUCUUCUCGGCUUAAGAGAAGGGUCGAGCCUAAUAGAAGUGGUCAAAAAAGUGAAGCCCGAUGUACUUCUGGGAUUAUCUGCAGUGGGUGGUUUGUUCUCCAAGGAGGUUUUAGAAGCCCUCAAAGACUCAACUUCUGUUAGGCCUGCUAUUUUCCCCAUGUCAAAUCCCACAAAAAAUGCUGAAUGCACGCCUGAAGACGCCUUUUCAAUUUUGGGAGAACAAAUUCUCUUUGCCAGUGGGAGCCCUUUCAAGGCUGUGGAUCUUGGAAAUGGUAAGUUUGGGCAUUGCAACCAGGCAAAUGCUAUGUACCUCUUCCCUGGCAUAGGGCUUGGUACACUUUUAUCUGGUGCACGUGUCAUCUCAGAUGGCAUGCUUCAAGCAGCAGCUGUAUGCCUUGCUGCAUAUAUGAAAGAAGAGGACGUUCUCGACGGAAUAAUAUAUCCCCCAAUUUCCAGGAUACGUGACAUAACACGAGAAGUUGCUGCUGCAGUAAUCAGGGAAGCUGUGGCGGAGGAUCUAGCAGAAGGACGCGAAGAUAUGGAUCCUAUGGAGCUCAGGAGACUUGAUAAGGCGGAGACUUUGGCAUAUGUGAAGAGCCACAUGUGGGAACCAGACUAUGCAACCUUGGUUUACAUGGACUGAAAAUAUGAUAUUUCAGUGUAAAUAUCCAAUCAAGCAAAUUCAUUCUGAGGCAGCUCCAUGUUCUUGUUACAAGGGGUUCACCGAGCACACUGUCUCCAUCUCUAAAGUGAGUUCCAAUAAUGUUAUUUUGGAUAAUUAGGAUUUCGCCCUCUAUAAAAUGUGAAGGAAAAUGUCUGCAGAGUUUGUGAAGUUUGCCAAAACUGUGCUUGAGUAUGUGCUUGUGUGAUGGAAUUUAUUUUGCGUGGCUUCUGUGUAUAAUAUUGGUUUGCUUGACUGAAACUUCAGUUUUGCGUGGCUUCUGUGUUUAAUAUUGGUUUGCUUGACUGAAACUCUAAUAUUGGCUUCUGUGUAUAAAAUGUAAAUGAAAAUGUAUGCAGAGUUUGUGAACUUUGCCAAACUUGUGCUUAUGUGCUUGUGUGAUGGAAUUAUUUUGCGUGGCUUCU